UUCGUUCUACAUUUUUGCUUCUCAGUCCGAUUUCGAACUUUUUACGCGACGGGGCAACAAUUACAAGAAAAGUGAAAACUUUGGUUCAAAAGGAAAAUUUUCAUCUCAGUACGGUAGAUAGGGUAGUGCGGCACUCGAAAUUGGUUAUUGAGCAGAAAGAAGUGCCCGCUAGGCUUGCGGGAAGCCUUUCGGAAGUGGCUGUGCGAAUAAUGGCCACAGAGAUGCAGCAAAUGUGAAAGUUAUUUUUUCUUAUCCACUGGCCGAAAGAAAAAUAUAAGAAGUCCUCUCUCAUCAUUUUUUGACACGGGAAGAGAAAGAGGAAAGGGAAGUGCAGCAGCAGUGAAGAGAAUAAAAUCAGUGUCGUGGCCCUGAAGAUUGACGCGACAGGUAGGAGGCUCGAUUCUUCCGGAAGGUUUUCUCAAGCUCAAGGAUUCGAAAGUCUGAAUCAGAAUGUCGGUGGUUCGUACCAAAGUCCUUGGGCUGGUGGACGUCAUAAUGCGCGUCCCAAGUCUGUUCAUCAUUGAUGAAAUCCUCAAGAUUAGCAUGGGACUGCCAAAUUCGUCCCCAACGGCCACCGUAGUCUCCGUUCCAUCAACGGCCAGUUCGACAGCAGCUGUAGGGGAACCGGAAUCGCUGGUCAAUGCAACCCUAAAUGCCACUUUGAAUGCGGCGACCGCAGCUGCUACGGAUUUUCUGACGGGGGGCUCCGGAAUGGAAGGACCGGACGCGGACAAUGCCCUCCGAGAUGAUAUUGAGUUCUAUAAGUUUAUUUCGCUGACGACGCUCAAAUUUCUGCUGUGCCUAUUUGGCUGCAUCAGCGCUGCGUGCGUAUUCAUGCUGUGGACACGGCACCUAGUCAUAGUUUACAUGUACAUAGUAUCGGUAGGCCUCAUCUUUCUAUCCUACUGGAGUAAUGUUUCAGCCCUAUCGGUAAUAUCGGAUGGGCCGAGUCUGCUGGAGGAUAUUCUGUCCCUCAACAUGGAACGACUAUUAGAUCCCGGAGGUGUCGCCCUUUCUAUACUACCCCAUCUGCUGGCACAGUGGCUGAUGGGGGUUAUUUUUGCAUACAUUCAUCUUGGACCAAAAUACAAAUUUAUUCAGAAAGCGUUACCAUUUAGCUUCCUGAUGCCACUAUUCCUGGCGAUGCUACCGCUGCCAACGGUGGUGCUUAAACAUUCCCCCGCGUUCGCCGCCAUUUUGCCGUUAGUGUUGUCAAAGAUCGCUCUUUGGAGCUCAUCAUUCGAUGUAGUCAAAACUAUCCUAAAUGGCUAUCAGCACGCUCGUAACUUUGCUAGCAAUUUUGGCAUCUCAGCUCUUAUAGAAAACGAGUGGCAAAGACUGAAUGUGCCCUGUGUUUUAAGAGCAUUUUGGACCAUCCGGUUAUCCGAACAGCUGAUAAGCCUGCUCGUGAACUCAGAUGUACCACUAAGGUUUGCAGCAACUGUUCAAAGCUUACUCGUCAGUGGUUGUGAAACGUUGACUGCUGUGCUCGGAAUGACCAGCAUCAUAUCCCUAAUCUGUCACUACAUCGGCAAAGCUUUUCAACUGUUCCUUCUGUCGGAGGACUAUGACGAAGACAAAUCGAUAGGAACGGUUUCGGCGAUACUUUUCUAUAUCCUAGCUCUGCAGACGGGCCUUACUUCGCUAUCGCCGGACAAACGAUUCAUUCGUUUAUGCAGAAACCUCUGUCUGCUAAUAACAGCACUGUUGCAUUUCUUGCACAACAUCGUUGCUCCAAUACUUAUGUCGCUCAGUGCUGCAAGAAACCCAUCAAGAAAACGACAUGCUCGGGCACUGAUGGUGUGCGCUUUUCUGCUGUUGACCCCCGUCGGUCUUCUCAGUGUUCUAUGGACUCGUCAUUCACCAUCGACAUGGCUGCUAGCAGUGACGGCUUUCUCAGUGGAAGUAAUAGUAAAGGUUUUAGUAAGCUUGGCUACCUACACAUUGUUCCUGUUAGAUGCUAGGCGGCAGACUUUCUGGGAAAAGCUGGAUGACUACGUGUACUAUAUUCGUGCUUUUGGUAACUCAGUUGAAUUCUGCUUCGGGAUUUUCCUCUUCUUCAACGGCGCAUGGAUUCUGAUAUUUGAAUCAGCUACCAUUCCUGUAGGCGGGGCCAUCCGAGCGUUGAUGAUGUGCAUCCACGCGUACUUCAACAUCUGGUGUGAGGCACGUGCCGGCUGGGGUGUCUUUAUGAAGCGGCGCACGGCGGUGCACAAAAUAAGCUCGCUGCCAGAAGCGACACCGCUACAGUUGCGCACUUUCGACGAUGUCUGUGCAAUUUGCUAUCAGGAAAUGACAUCGGCCAAAAUUACGCGUUGCAAACAUUAUUUCCAUGGUGUGUGCCUAAGGAAGUGGCUAUACGUUCAGGACCGUUGUCCACUGUGUCACGAAAUUAUCAUGAAUCAAGAUGGAAAGAAUGGCGAUUGUAACGGCGAACAGCCUAAUGAAGAUGAAAACGAACAGCAGACCGUCAAUCAAAUGUCCAAUUCCAAUUCAGCACCAGGUUCUUUGGGAUCGGCAAACAGCACAAAUAACGCACAAACCGAUACCUCAUCGAGUGCCACUACAUCUACUAGUUCUACUAGUAGUAACGCCAUUUCUGUGAAUAACAGCAGUAGCAGUAGUAGCACAAGCAGUAAUAGCAAUCACAGUCGGAACCAUGCGCUCACAGUGAGCGGUUUCCGAAUCCCAAAUCCCUCAUCGGUGGCAGCUUCUUCGUCAUCAUCAUCAUCAGCCGUAUCGUCGCCGGUUCCUCCUUCGGCGAGUGUGGUAUCAUCUGAAACGGCAGCAGUUACUGCAGCAGCGAUAUCACAAAUCAUCCGACAGCACCAGCUGCAACAACAACCGCAGCACCAGCCACGCUCUUCAGUGGAUCGAGAUUUUCUGGACGAACUGGAAUGAGCGAAACCUACGGCUCAGUAAGAUUGACUAGGUGUGCCGUUUAUUUAUUUUUCACAGUUUCGACGAAAGAAAUAAUUAAACGGAUAUGAGUCCUAUGUGUAUAUUUGUUUUGUGUUGCCUUUGGUGGAGGCAUUAGAAUGCAGCAAUUACGAAGACUCUUUUGAAGUCAGGAGUUGUUUUAGCCAAAUUGCGGGAUUUUUAUUUAAUAGUAAGCUGAGCGGGGGUGUAGAAUCAGUUGUUCAAAUGGAAAAGAGAGAGAUUUGAAUUGUGUAAGUUUUAUUGCAUAUCGGAAGACUAAACGAUACAUACCAGGCUAAUUGUAAUAGGUUGCGAGAGAAAACCACAGAUUGCGUGAGGUAAGAUAAAACAAAGCUGUGGGUGGUUGGAAUAGUAAUUUUCUCGGCUUGGAGAGGGCAUAUUAAAUUAUCGUACCUUGCGCAACUCUUCCUAGCGUAAUUAUUGCCUUCGGAUUGUCUUCCACGAUGUUCACAGGUAUGUGUCUGCGACUCUUAAUCAUGAUGAUCAUUUGAAACGAUUGUCGCAAAGAAAAGUUAAUGAAUAAUAACAUUUCCCAAUACUAACGCCGAAGAAUUUUACUGUCAAAAAUAUUAUGUUUCUCACUACAUAAAAUAAAGUCGCGUUCUUAAUCAAGUGUAUCGCACCUUAUUUCUUUACCCAAAUGUCAAUUUUUUAUAACACUAAUCGGAUGUGAGGUACUGGUACGAUAAAUUUUCCUUAAAAAAAUCGAACAAGACACCAUUAAUAGGGUAAAUGCAUUUUGGCCAGAGCGUUACGCGUAUAUAAUUCGGAUAUUUAUGGCAAAAUCAAAUGUCAAAGUAAAAUUAAAUUCAGCCUGUCUAAAUUACUUUAAAUAUCCUAAGCAUAAGGUCCAAUUCGAUUAUUUCUGAUUAUUCUGAGAUGUUAUUAUUAUCAAAUUCUCUUUUUCAUUUGAACGUUUUGCCAUCAAAAUUAAAAGAUUAUUUAGCAAGUGAUAUUUAUAUCAAUCUAUUUUACAUGCUGUUUUGUUGUUCUAUGCAUUGUUCCGCAAUGUGACUAAACGAACUAACACAAAUUCAGAAGGGUUGUCAUAAAGAGCAGCGGAGAAAACUAUGAAAAAUGUCUCGACAAAGCGAGAAAAGAAUGAAAUGGUAUUUCACCCACUUCAUAAAUUAUGUGUAUUCGUAGCUCAAAAAGAGAUCUACAGUUUCAGAAACGACUGAGUCUGACGCUAUUUCUAUCACCUUAUGCAUGUCUGGAAGCUCAAAAUGUAUGUUUUUCAUCUUUCAGCCUCAUUAGGAUCUUCUGUCAAACAUAUUAAUUCAACUUAAAGUGCCUUAGCGCUUCUAAAAAUAUUCAUGCAGUUUUUGUUGAUAACUUUACUUUUUUCGCGUGAUUCCGACCAUUCGUGUUAUAUGUUGAUGCAAUAAGUUAUUUUGUAGCCUACAUUAUUGAUUAAAUUUAUUUUUUUUAUUUCAAAUAGACAAAUAUAGUUUAUACUGAUAGAUUUUUUCUUGAACUGUUAAAUCAAUCAAAGCAAAUUUUACUAUAAGCAAGAAAGCAUGCUCUUAAUUUAUGAACAGCCUCUCACAUUCUUUUCUACGCUUUGUAAGUUCUAUAACAUGUUAGAUACAAUCUGUGAAAAAGUCAUUUAUGUGUAAAUAUGAAACUAUGAGUAGAAGGUAAAAGCAAAAGCAGUAAAAACUGAGAAUAUAGACGUUAAGUUCUUA